CGAGGAUUUGUUUUGUCCCAAGCCCGUGGAGAACUGUAGCGGGGCAGGCCAUGCCUUCCAAGGGCCGCUGCUGGGAGACCCUGCAGGCGCUGCGCAGGUCUGACAAAGGUCGCCUUUGCUACCACCGCGAUUGGCUGCUGCGGGGCGAGGAUGUUUUAGAAGAAUGUAUGUCUCUUCCCAAGCUGUCUUCUUACUCUGGAUGGGUAGUAGAUCAUGUCCUACCCCAUAUGCAAGAGAACCCACCUCCCUCUGAGACUUCAACAUCCCCUAGAUCUUCUUCAGCCCUCGGCCAACCUUCAUUUGUUCCCACAUCUCCUGUCAGAGACCCUGCCUUCUCACCAGCCUCCUCAGCAACACCAAAUGGAACCAAGGACAAAUAUGAGUCUCAGCAUACAGAACCUGUGGUGCUUCAGUCCUCCCGGGGGCUCAAAGUGGAAGGCUGCAUCCGAAUGUAUGAGCUGCUGCACAGGGUGAAAGGAGCAGAGGGCUUGCGGCGGUGGCAGGAGGAGCAGGAGAGGAAGGUGCGGGCGCUCUCUGAGAUGGCAUCUGAGCAGCUGAAGCGGUUUGAUGAACGGAAGGAACUGAAGCAUCAUAAAGAAUUCCAGGACUUACGGGAAGUGAUGGAGAAGAGCUCCAGAGAAGCCCUGGGGCAGCAAGAGAAGCUGAAAGCUGAGCAUCAUCACAGGGCGAAGAUUCUCAACCUGAAGCUGCGGGAGGCAGAGCAGCAGCGCCUGAAGCAAGUGGAGCAGGAGCGGCUUCGGAAGGAAGAAGGCCAGACCCGCCUGCGGAACCUCUACGCCCUGCAGGAGGAGGUGCUGCGCCUCAGCCAGCGGCUGGACUCCUCCGACCAGCACAGAGGCCUGCCAGAGGCCGGCCUGUCUGCCUUCCGGACCCGGGGCAACCAGCUGUGCGGCCUCGUCUCCGGGAUCAUCCGGGCCUCUUCUGAGAACGGCUUUCCCACAGCAGAGGAGCAAGCUGUGGCUGAAAGAGCGCUGCAGGAAAUGCGGGACCUCCUUGUGAACUUGCAGCAGGAAAUCGCCAGGGCCUGUGAGGACAAGAGGAGGCAGGACGAAGAGGAGGCCCAGGUAAAGCGGCAAGAGUCACAGGUGCAGCAGGGGCCAGAGGUCCGCAAAGCGCCCCCAGCUUCCAGGCAGGGCCCAGGAGGGAAACUGAACGAAGACCUCCAGGUGAAGGCGCAAGACAGUACAAUGCAGUGGUACCAGCAGCUGCAGGAGGCCUCCGGUCAGUGUGUGUUGGCCUUCGAGGGACUGAGCAACAGCAAAGACAGUCAGGCCAAAAAGAUCAAGAUGGACCUCCAGAAGGCCGCCACCAUUCCAGUGAGCCAAAUCUCCACCAUCGCAGGCUCAAAGCUGAAGGAGGUCUUUGACAAGAUCCACAGCUUACUCUCUGGAAAACCCGUUCAGUCUGGCGGGCGCUCCGUGUCCGUCACACUUAACCCACAGGGCCUGGACUUUGUCCGGUACAAACUGGCAGAGAAAUUUGUGAAACAAGGGGAGGAGGAGGUGGCCUCCCAUCACGAAGCGGCGUUCCCCAUCGCGGUCGUGGCCUCCGGGAUCUGGGAGCUGCACCCCAGAGUGGGGGACCUCAUCCUUGCUCAUCUGCACAAGAAGUGUCCUUACUCUGUUCCUUUCUAUCCAGCUUUCAAAGAGGGAAUGGCUUUGGGAGAUUAUCAGAGGAUGCUUGGCUACCAAGUGACGGACUCCAGCGUAGAACAGCAGGACAACUUCCUAAAACGCAUGUCUGGGAUGAUCCGCCUCUACGCUGCCAUCAUCCAGCUCCGGUGGCCGCAUGGAAACCGACAAGAGAUCCACCCUCAUGGCUUAAAUCAUGGCUGGCGCUGGUUGGCACAGAUCUUAAACAUGGAGCCCCUGUCAGAUGUGACAGCCACCCUCCUCUUUGAUUUCUUGGAGGUGUGUGGGAAUGCCCUCAUGAAGCAGUACCAGGUCCAGUUCUGGAAGAUGAUACUUCUCAUCAAAGAGGACUACUUCCCCAGGAUUGAAGCCGUCACCAACUCAGGACAGAUGGGUUCCCUCAUACGCCUCAAGCAGUUCUUGGAGAAAUGUUUGCAGCGCAAGGAGAUUCCUGUCCCCAAGGGCUUUCUGACUUCCUCCUUCUGGCGUUCCUGAUGUUACUCCAUCGCCCGCCGUCACCAUUUUGUUGCAAAGGGACGAUAAUAAAGCAACUGAAGACAGCUGUAUUUGGGAGAAGUCAUGUCAAUAUGUGUUUUGUGUAUUUGUACCUUGUGACUAGAAGAGCAGAUUUUCAUGGGUCCCACAUCUAAGAGGUCCUCUAGUAGAUGUGAUGACUCCUAAAAGGGGUCCACAUGACAGAGUAAGCAGAAUUGGCCUUUCUCAUUUUUGCAAAAAAUUUGAAAAAAAAUUAUGAGAAGAGUUUAGCACUUGA